CUCUCGUCGAAGUCAAAGGCCGACUGGAAACGGUUUAGCAGAAUUCGGGUUGGACUAGACUUAAAUAAUAACACAGAUAACCUGUAAAAAUCCGCAGUAAUGCGGAAAUACACAAGAACAAAUAUCGACUAAGAUUGUUGCAGUUAUUACAGAUCGCCUGUGAAGUAUAUCUUUUGCUAGGAAUUCGCCAUUUAUCGUUACGCUGCAGCGUUUCUGUUUUUAAGUACGAUGUGUGGUGCUUUGUUGGAUAUUUCCGGACGGUAGCCUGUUUCAAGCAGGAGGGCCUCAAAUGGAAAAGCCAAGCCUGGGUCUGGAGUUCCUAGCCUAAGCCAGGGGGCGGGUGGGAGAGCACACCUGGGAUUCAGACAGAGGGCACCACAAUGUUUGUGACAUACUAAUGGGAUUUUGUAUCACACACAAUUCAGGUCCUAUAUUGGAAUUAACUCUUCCUCUUGAAGACGACAAUGGAAUCGACAGUUGAUGACGAUGCAAUGGAAGCGUGAAUGAAGUUCUCCAGCAAAGGCUGAACAAUGCCCAAGGGCGGGGGUUCUAAAACGCCCCAGUCGGAGGAUUUUUCUGUCACAGACAUGGUGGAGAAGCAAUCUGGGAAAAAGGAUAAGGUCUCCUUAAACAAAACUCCAAAGCUAGACAGAAAUGAAGGGGGAAAAGAUAUUAAAGAUAAAGCUCCUAAAAGAAAGCUACCAUUUACAGUUGGAGCUAAUGGAGACCCAAAAGACUCGGAUUCAGAUUCUGACCCCGGCCUGUCAUCGGAGGCUUGGGAUCACCAAUGUGCUGCCACCUCACUCUCUGCUCACAGACCACACCCAGAAAAACAGGGCCCAGAACGCAAGAGGAUUAAGAAAGAGCCUAACACCAGGAAGUCCAGAAUGGCAUUUGGGAUGGGACUUGCAGGAAUUCGGGCUGGCUAUCCUCUCUCAGAGCGGCAGCAAGUUGCUCUGCUCAUGCAAAUGACUGCUGAAGAGUCUGUUAAUAGUCCAGAUACGACACCAAAGCAUCCAUCACAAUCUAAUCUUGGACAGAAGGGAACACCAAACUCUGCCUCAAAAACCAAAGAUAAAGUGAAUAAACGUAAUGAAAGAGGAGAGACCAGAUUGCACCGUGCUGCCAUUCGAGGAGAGGCACGCAGAAUAAAAGAACUUAUUAGUGAGGGGGCAGAUGUGAAUGUAAAAGAUUUUGCAGGUUGGACAGCCUUACAUGAGGCUUGUAACAGGGGCUACUAUGAUGUGGCCAAGCAGCUGCUGGCAGCCGGAGCUGAGGUCAACACAAAAGGUCUGGAUGAUGACACCCCAUUACAUGAUGCAUCUAGUAAUGGUCACUUCAAGGUAGUGAAGCUGUUGCUAAGAUAUGGAGGAAAUCCUAAUCAAAGUAACAGAAAGGGUGAAACACCGUUAAAAGUAGCCAACUCCCCAACAAUGGUGAAUCUGUUACUUGGAAAAGGUACCUAUACCUCAAGUGAAGAGAGUUCUUCAGAGUCUUCAGAAGAGGAAGAUGCACCCUCUUUUGCUCCCUCUAGUUCUGUUGAUGGCAAUAAUACAGACUCUGAAUUUGAGAAAAUAAAAUUGAAAGGGAUGAAUCAGGAUCCCCCAAAAUCAACAGCAACACCAGUAAAAGAUGAAUAUGAGUUUGAUGAGGAUGAUGAAGAAGAAAGGAUACCACCUGUUGAUGAUAAGCAUCUUCUCAAGAAAGACUUCCGGAAAGAUACAACUAGUAAAGCCAACAGCUUCAUUUCUAUCCAGAAAAUGGAAGUAAAAACAUACUCCAAAAGCUCACUCACACCAAAGAAGACAGCUAGACGGAUCUUAUCAGACUCUAACAGUUCAGAUGAUGAUGACAGAACUUUGUGUUUUUCUCCUACAUCCUCUGCAAGGCAGCCAUCAGUGGCAUCUAAUUCCAAGAGCCGGGAGUCAUCUUUAGUGACUACCAAACAGCGUAAAGAAAAGAGCAAAGUUAAAAAGAAAAGGAAAAAAGAAAUAAAAAAUAGUGGUACUAGCAACAAAGAAGUGAGAUUUGGGAAGCUGAAUGAUAAAUUUUGCACAUCUGAAUCAGAGAGUGAGGAUUUAGAAAGUGAGGAUGACAAGGGUUCGGUUCAAAGCUCUGGUUGUGCUAAGGACUCAUCUAAUUUGAGCAUGAAAGAAUCAUCUAUGUUUAGUUCACUUUCUGCUUCUUCUUCUUCUUCCUCUCAUGGGAGCCUAGCAUCUCAAAAGCAUAUGCCAUCUUUAGCAGAACAACAUCCAAAGCAGUGGAGAACUGAUGGGUGGAAAACAAUCUCCUCCCCUGCGUGGUCAGAUGUCAGUUCCCUUUCAGAUUCUGUUAGAACUCAACUUACAAGUGAGUCGGAUUAUUCAUCAGAGACCUCAAGUCUUGAGUCAGUUAAACAGGUUAAAAAGAAGCAGGAAUUUAAGAAAAAAAAUGCAUACAAUAGCAUGUCAGAGCGAAAAAGUUCAACAGAAUUUUUUAAGAAUUGUAACUCAGAAUGUGCCGUCCCCAAAAUAGAUAAGGAAGGAAAGAUAAUAAAGAAACAUAAAGUAAAACAUAAACAUAAAAAUAAAGAAAAGGUCCCAAGUCUUGUCCUUAACCAGGAUAUGAAAGAAAAGUUUGUGAAAAGUUUUUCUUUUGAUUAUGAUGACACAAGGCAAAAAUCUUUAAUUGUUGAGACAGAGACCACCAUGGAAAGCAAAAUCAAGGGAUCAAAGCACGAUAAAGAGCAUUUUAAAAAAGAAGACAAAACUUUGAAAGCCAAACUGGAGGACAAAGAAUGGACUUUAUCUAAUAAAGAUUUAGCUAAAUUGGCUAAAGAUGAUAAAUCCUCCAAGAAGCAAAAAGAAACAUCAAAGGAAAGACCUUCUAAAGAGGAAAGAGAGAAGGGCUUUAGAGUAGAUAAAGAUAAAAACAAUAAGGAUAAAGAAAAGCCUAAAGAGGAGAAUAAAAAAAUGUAUAAAGAGGAUAAGAAAAAGAAAUUAAAAGACAAGUUUUCCAAAACAGAAAAGAAAACUGAACAAAAAGAUGAAAAGUAUUUCAAAUCUGAAAAAGAAAGAACAUCAAAAGAUGAGAAAGAAAAAAACAAAAAGGAUAAGGGUUUUAAAGAAGAGCCUGAUUAUGAUGAUUAUGACAUUAAAGACAAUUAUUUGGAAAAUGAAGACACCAAACUAAGUUCAUCCGAUGAUCCUCAAGAUCAAUGGCUUUCUGAUCUGUCUUCGAGCUCUUCUCACUAUGAGGAUGAUAGCUGGGAUACCCCAGUAAAGGACUAUAAAACUAACAGCGCAGUCAAGCUCAUUCUGAAAGAUGAAAGUAAAGAUAGAAAAAAAGAAAAAGUAAAAGAUAAAAAGGAUCAUGGGGACAAACGAAAUGAAAAGGAGGCUAUUAAAAAGAAAGAUAAGGAGCUCUUAGAAAAAAGUGUGGAAAAAAAGAAAGACUCAACAGAUAAGCAGAGGUUAAGCUCCACUUACCCUCCAAAUGAGAAGAAGAGAAAGGAUUCUUCAGAGAGCAUUAAAGACAAGAAGGAAAAGGAUCAAAUUGAUAAUAGCAGGGAAAGAAAAGACUCUCAUGAAUUCCCAAAAGAGAAAAAAGACUCUAAAAUAAAACAGGACGAGUCUCAGAAAGAUGACAUUGGGAGUGAAGGUUUCUUCAAAGACAAACCAGAAAAUGAUUUUUUAGGCAAAUUGUUUGACUCUAGAGAGAGGCACCACUCUGGAAAAGACAAGAAAUUAGAAGCGCUUGAGAAAGAAAAAAGGGAAAAAUUAAAAAUGGACAAGCACAAAGAAAAGCCUAAAGAGAAGGCUUUUUUAGAAUUUGAAAAAGACAAAGUAGAAAAAUUUGGUUUUGAAAAACUAACAAAGGAAAAAGAUGUUGAUAGAGGUUCAAAAGACAAAAAGGAUACGUUUAAAGAAAAACACAAGGACUGUCAUUUGAAGGACAGAAAGACCUCUUUGGACCAAAACAAAGACAAAAAAGAAAAAUCUUCACAAGACAAACAUGCAGACAGAGAAAAAGACAUUAUAGAUAAAAGAUCUGAAUUAUCAAACUGGUAUAAAAUUGAUGAUCUCUUUACAGAUGAAAGUGAAGGUGAGGAAGAAGAGUAUAAUGUUGGGAUUUUAAAAUUUAAUGACUCAAUAGGUUCUGACCCAAGGACAGAGAAUGUUUCAGAUAGAGAUGAAGCUGAAAUAUUCCAGACGGACAAACAUAGAAAAUAUUCAUUAGAUGGUAAGCAACAUUCAUCUGAAAAAGUGAAAGAAAAACGAAAAGACAAAGUAUCUUUUGAUAAUGUAAAGGAGAAAAGGGUGAUUUUGGAAAAGCACAAAGAGAAAAAGGAUAAAGAUAGUGAAGGCAAACAUAAAGAGCGUAAAGAAAGGAUGUCAACAGAUUCCAAUCAAGAGAAAAAAAAUAAGCCAAAAUUUGUAGAGAAGAGACAUCCAGGUGAAGAAAAGUCAAAAAACAAGCACAAAGAUAAACAAGAGAAGGAUCAUAUAAAAGACAGGAAAAUCCCUAAAGGAUCUAUGGAAACAGAAAAGUCUCCACUUGAGAAGCUGGAAGAAGAAGCACUAAAUGACUAUAAAGAUGAUUCUAAUGACAAAAUCAGUGAAAUAUCCUCUGACAGUUUCACAGAACGAGGCCAUGAACAGGUACUCAGCAGUUUAUAUGAUUCAUCCAGCAUCAGUCUUUCUGAUCUCUCUGAGGAGAAAAGAGACAUGUUACCCAUUUCAUUCCUUCAGGAUAAGCUUAAGGAGAAGGAAAGACACAGACAUUCAUCUUCCUCUUCCAAAAAAAGUCAUGAUAAAGACAAGGACAAAAUAAAGAAAGAAAAAGUGGAAAAACGAGAAAAAUCAGAUGAAAUAAGAGAUCUGUAUGGAAGGAGAGAGAGUCUGCCCUUUGAGAAAGAGCCCAUGCCUUUGGAAGCUGAUACUUACAAUUUACCUUAUGGAGGCAAAGCAGAACCAGAAGAUGACGUGGAUAAAGCUAUAGAGUUUGAUAAAGAAAUGUUUAAAAAGUCUGAUAAAGAAAAGAAUUCAGGUUAUACAGGUCCUAGUGAAAAAAAUAAAGAGAAAAAAAAGAAAGACAAACAUAAGGACAAAGUAAAAGAAGAGAAAUAUAAACAUACAGAUAAUUUUGGAUCAUCCAAACACUUAAAAGAGGAUCAGAAACAAGGACUAAAAGAUGUUCCACUGGGCAGCUGCUUAAAGGACAAGAGUAAAGAUGAGAUACCCAAAUAUGAUUCAAAACUUAAGGAGCGGAGUAAAGAAAACAUGGAAAAAGAAAGCAAAGUGGAUUCAAUAAAGGCAAAAGUUAAAGAAGAUAAUGACAAAGUUCCUCAGGCCCGAGAAGUACCUAAAAAAGAAAAUCGGCCAAGAGAAAAACUUUUGGUUGACGGUGAUCUUAUGAUGACCAGUUUUGAAAGAAUGCUAAGUCAGAAAGACCAGGAAAUUGAGGAAAAACAUAAACGACAUAAAGAAAGGAUGAAGCAAAUAGAAAAAAUGAGGCAUAGGUCAGGUGAUCCUAAACUAAAGGACAAAACAAAAAGUGAAGACUUGCGUAAGAGAAGUCUUGAUUUGAGUUCCAAAAAAUCCAGUUCAAUAGAAACGGUGCUUAGAGAAAAGAAACCUAAAGAACUAGGACUUCCAACACAGAUGAUGUCCCCAGAAAGGAAGUCACUGCCAUAUAGCCAAGAUUCAAAGGACUGGGUGGCAGGCCCUUCAGUGAAAGAGAAUCUACCAGCUUCUCCAAGGUCUGAUCAAAACCGGCCCACAGGAGUUCCAACUCCAGCAUCUGUAAUUUCCUGCCCUAGCUUUGAAGAAGUGAUGCAAACACCACGUACACCUUCAUGUAGUGCUGAGGACUAUGCUGAUCUCAUGUUUGAUGGCAUUGAUUCGCAGAACUCAACUGCAAUGACUUUAUCAAUGAAUGCAUGCUCUCCAUCAUUUUUUGAUAGAUACUCUAAUGUCUCCAGCAAUCUUCAAGAAGUUCCUUCAGUAACACCUACUAAAAACCUUCCAACACCAAACCUUUAUCGAUCAGUUUCUGUUGAUUUUAGAAGAGCUUCUGAAGAGGAAUUUAAAAUUGAUCCUGAUAAAUUGUUGCGACAGCAAAGUGUGCCAGCCUCGGCAGAAUUUGACAAUCCAGUUCCACAGCUUCCAGAAGAGAAAAUUUCCUCUUCAGUGGCUCCUUCAUCCUUGGACAAAUUUGACUGCCUAUCUCCACCUUGUUUUUCUCCAAAUUAUGAAAUGGUUUCUCCAAAGCUUGAACCUGUUCAGCCUAUACUUGAUGGUGCCUUAAAUGCCAAUACAAGUCCAGAUAUAGAAAGUUUGUCUGAAAAUGCACUUAAUACUUACCUAACAAAACCAUCAAGUCCUUUAUCUAGACAAGAAGCUCAUGAACCUGGCCUUAGUAUAGUAUCCCCUCUUACCCCAGUUCCUACUAUUGUUGCAUCUUUAGAUGAUGAACUCUCUGAGCAUCAGCAACAGUUGGCAGCAUCAGGUGAAUCUGUUGUAUUAAAUUCAGAUGACGUCAACAGUAGCAACUUCUUAACAACUGUUGCAGAAGAAGAAAACGAAGAAAAGGAAAAUAAAGAACCUCAAGUGGAGGAGGAUGAUGAGGAAGAAGAAGUUGUUGAUGUAAACCCUGUUUUUACCACCUGCAUAUCAGAAUCUAUUAAAAAUGAAUCACCAUGCAGAAGAAAUGCUGACAUUCCAUUGUCUCAGUCUCUUCCUCCUCCACCUCAAGAGCAUUUAGUUGAAAGUUGUUCAAAUAACUCUGUCAACUGGACAAUUGGAUCAGAAUUACUGUUAAAAUCACCUCAUAGGACAUUUAUUGAGCCAUCUCCCUCUGCUAAAAUUAACUCUUUCUCUUCACUCUCAGAUGAUAGUAUGCAGCAUCAUCUUCCAGCAGCUUUACCUGACAGUCGGUCUACCUCUGCAUCAUAUCCUGUCUCUCCUGUGUCCUAUCCUACACCAGUUGCUGAAUCUCAUCUUGAAGGACUUAAAGUUGUCCUUCAAGAAGCCGAUGAUCAUUUGCAGUCACCAGAAACUACUGCUUUAGCUGAUGCAAGUUUUAUUCCUUCUCCAAGCAGGCUGGAUUCCUUCUUUACUGACUGUAAAGAAGAUGGUGAGAGGGCACAUGAUGCUGUUUGCUUACCAUCAGACCCCCAGUCUGGGAAUCUAUCUACUACUUUUAUGGAAGAAAGUCCUAUGGUGUCUACGGAGAACCAAGUAGAUCCAGUUGUGUGGACAGAUCCCUUUUCAAAUACAGUUGAUGAUCUUGAUCUUGGACCAUUCUCACUUCCAGAGUUGCCACUGCAAGAUAAGGAAAUUCAGGAACCAGAUAUUGUAGAUUCUGAGCUACCAGAAUUCAAGCUUCUUCCUCAUUCACAGUGUUCUCACAUAGCCCAUGAAGAUGAAGAUAAUUCAGAUCUGAUGGAAAUUCGAUUAUCUGAUACAUGUGAAAACCCAUCUUCUUUAACAAUUGCUCCACUCCUUGAUCCAGUACCGCAAGUACCACUGUCUCAAGAGUGCGAAACCAAGUUGCUGGAGGCAGAGCCUGACAAAGUCACAGUAGAAAAUUGUUCUGAUGUUAAUGUUCCUCUAAUAGAUUCAUCUUUAAAAAUGAAAGGAAAUGAAGAUGAAGGAGUGGUACAUAAAGUUCAAACUGAAAAUAUUAGAACUAAUACUCAAGAAGAAAGUAUCAUUUCAGCUCAUUCAGAAGAGAAAUCUUUAAUAGUGACAUCUCCUUCAUGCUGUGAUCCUGAAAGUAAUCCAUCUUUAAUUAAUACAGAAACUCACAAUACAACUUCACUUGAUGUAGUUCAAACAAACAUUGGCCAGCCUGAUAUAAUGCAACAGAGCCCUGUCAAGGUUACAGAUAUUAAUGAGCAUCUAAUAAAGACCACAAUGCCUACUAUUACAGAAACACCCAAACCAUCAAAAGUGGAAGAGAUUCCACAGAGAAUGACUAGAAACCGUGCUCAGAUGCUAGCCAACCAGAGCAAGCAAAACAGCAGUUCCCCCUUGGUUACUUCUGCUGCUCAGGUUAAUGCUGCUUCUGAUAAGGAGAAGGAAUUGGUCAUGAAUACCAACUCAUCUUCCUGUACGCUUUCCUCUAAUAUAUUACCACCUGGAAAGACCAAAGGACGAACAGUAGAAGAGGAAGACUCUCAGACACAGCAUCCACGUAAAAGAAAGUUUCCCAAGUCAAACCAGCAACAGCAAGUCCAGAGCCAUUUGGUUAACACCACUAUGCAGCAAACUCGUGAAAUGAUCCAGCAAACACUGGCAGCCAUUGUUAACGCAAUUAAGUUGGAUGAUAUUGAGCCCUAUCACAGCGACCGUUCAAACCCCUACUUUGAGUAUCUUCAGAUCCGCAAGAAGAUAGAGGAGAAAAGAAAGAUACUUUGCUACAUAACUCCACAGGCACCGCAGUGUUAUGCUGAAUAUGUCACUUAUACGGGAUCUUACUUAUUGGAUGGGAAACCUCUCAGCAAGCUCCAUAUUCCAGUGAUUGCGCCACCUCCAUCUUUGUCAGAGCCUUUGAAAGAACUUUUUAGGCAGCAAGAAGCUGUACGUGGGAAACUGCGACUUCAGCACAGUAUAGAACGGGAAAAACUGAUAGUGUCUUGUGAGCAGGAAAUUCUCAGAGUGCAUUGUAGGGCAGCAAGGACGAUAGCAAACCAAGCUGUGCCCUUUAGUGCCUGUACUAUGUUGCUUGAUUCAGAGGUGUACAACAUGCCUUCAGAAAAUCAGGGUGAUGAAAAUAAGUCUGUAAGAGACCGUUUUAAUGCUCGACAGUUUAUAUCAUGGCUUCAGGAUGUUGAUGACAAAUAUGAUAGAAUGAAGACAUGCCUUUUAAUGAGACAACAGCAUGAGGCAGCUGCUUUGAAUGCCGUUCAAAGAAUGGAGUGGCAACUGAAGGUACAAGAACUAGAUCCCGCUGGACACAAGUCACUCUGCGUCAAUGAGGUCCCUUCAUUUUACGUGCCAAUGGUUGAUGUCAAUGAUGAUUUUGUGCUGUUGCCAGCAUGACAAGGAUACUCAAAAGUUCAUUGUAAUAAAAUAUCUGCAACUAGAACGUAUGGAAAGGGCUAGUCAGGAAUUUUUUUUUUUUUUUUAAAGAAUGGUAAAAUUUAAUAAGUGCUAAUGAUUCCUAUAUGAGGAGGAAGCAUCAUUUUUUGCUGGGAAAACACAAAUUGCACUUUUAUCCUACAAGAGUCAAUGUUCCUCUUCAAACAAAACAAUGAGAUGGAUGUGUGAUUAAUCAUACCGUUUGGUAUAUGUUUAUAUAUUUAUUGUUACAGUUUUGUUCCCUGAAAAUCAAAGCAACUCUAGAGCAAGUAACUGGGUAAUUUGCUUAAAAAGUAAAACAAUAUGUGGUUUUGAGGAUAAAUCUGAAAAAAGUGGAAGGAUAUGCAAACCUGCAAAAACUUCCCUGUCAUAUUAAUUAAAUAAUAGCAAAAAUGUGUAAUUGUUUUCUUCAGAUAUAUUCUUUAAUAUAAUAUAUUGUGAAUACCCAGGCAGUUAAACCAAUUAAUACAAGACUUUAAAAUCAACAAGAAAACUUUGCAUUACAACUGCAAGUUUUAAAGUCUAGAUGCAGUUUUUUUGUAAGCCUCUACUUUUCAUCUUAGUAUUUGAUACACUUUGGCUACAGGCACAAGUGUAAAAUAAACCUGCAAAGAAGAAAAUUUGAUUAAGAGGCAGUGGCUUUUUCAGAAAAUUAAUAUAGUGUUUUAAUGGAGUUUAUUCUUUUUGGUCUAUUUCUUUACUUGGGCAUUUCAUGUUUUCUCACUCUGAGAAACUAACUUGAAACACUACAGAGCCAAUAUUAGUUUUAAGAGGAAAUAAAAUUGUAUCCCGUAAAUUCUGUACAGUUUUUAUAUUUGUUAACCAAUGUACUCUCGCUGCCUUCUAGAUAAUUUAUUUUGCCACACAUUACUGCACAGUUGUAAAUAACUUAUGUACUGUAACAUCACUCUCAGUUAAAUGUAAAAAAUAAAUAAAUGAAUAAAAUUAUCUUUGUACAGUUCACUUUUGGGCAGCACUUUCCCUUUUAACAAUGGGCCAAAAUGUGUACACAUUUUCAGUAUUUAAAGAUGGUCUCCUGUGCACCUAACUAAUAUUGACCCUCAGCAUUCACCAACUCGAGCAUAAUGCAGUUUGGUAUUUCACAAAGUUUUAUGAAUCAAAAGUAUUUUAGUAACCCUCACUACUUAGGUAAUAUUUUUGCAGAAAUUAACAGCUGCAUUCCUAAGAAGCAACUUAAAUGAUAGGAUAAACUGAAAUAUGUGCUAACCCUUGCUUUAACACAGGAGUGUCUGAAAUGAAAAUAUUUUAAACCAAGAAAAUGCCUUUUUAUUGUCUCUCCAUUUUUCCCAAGCAUUGCACAAAAUGUUAACGCCAUUUGUUGAUAUUUUAGUUACGCUUUAUGCUGCUGUUGCAUUUGUCUAGUAAGCAAAGCUUGUAAUAAUGUUAGUAGAUCAUUGUUUAUUAUUUCUCCUGUUUAUAGUGGCAUCAUAAAAAUGAAAGUAAUUGUCUGUCUGUUUAAGCUUAUGUAUUAAUCCUCAUCUGUUCUAAAAUAAGAAAUGACAUUUAAAUUUAAAUUCUUUAAAUACAAAAAUGAGCCUUUUUGCGUUCAACUAAAGCCAGGCAAUAAUGAGCUUGGUUUAGUUUUGGUGCCCAAUUGUUAAUUUGCUGUAAAGUCUCUUUUUCUGAACACCCACACAAAAAUAAAUGGAUCUUCUUAAGUUAUACAUUACAUUCUUUUAUAGUUAAAAAAUGUUUAUACUGUAUAUUUACUCACUUCCUUUCUAGCAACAGUUAGAAGGAAUCACUUUUAUACAAUUUUGAACACAGUGCUAAGAUAGAGUUUCAGACUGUGAUGUGUUUGUUUAUAGAUAGGACAAAUAAUAUUUUCAGCAUUCAAAUGCAAACCAUUUAAACAUAAAAUAAUGUAUGUUUGUUACCAGCACAACUAUAAAAUUUACUGAUGCACAGCUGAAUCUGCAGUGUCCUAUCAUUAGGCUAUGUUAUGAAAGUAACUAUUGCACUCUCUGGUGACUGCUAUAGUAUGUCUGUUCCUGCCCGAUGACUGCACUUUUACAGUUCUUUACAAAUAACCACUAUCAUCAAACAAAACUGAUAAAUUGUUGUUCUCUCUUAUCUAUAUAGUUUAUAAAUGGUAAUGGAACUGACCUAUUAUGAAAAGCAGUUUAUCUUAAAAAG